AAUCACACAACUUCUUGUUCUCUGUCUUUGUUCAUUUGUUUGAUUCUCUCUCCGUGAAGAUUUCUUUGAAAAGAUGCUAAAGGUCCCUGAACACCAAGUAGCAGGUCACAUAGCCAAAGAUGGGAAGCUAGGUCCACUCAUAGACGACCAAGGUCGGUUCUACAAGCCACUUCAAGGAGACGCACGUGGCGAAAACGAAGCCAAGUUCUACGAGUCCUUCACCUCCAACAAGAAUGUCCCUGAUCACAUCCGUGGCUACUUCCCUGUUUACCACGGAGUUCAGCAAGUUGAAGCAUCUGAUGGAUCAGGCGAGCUUCCACAUUUGGUUCUUGAAGAUGUUGUCUCUGGUUAUGUGAAGCCUUCUGUUAUGGAUGUGAAGAUUGGGUCUAGGACUUGGUACCCUGAUGUGUCUGAAGAGUAUUUCAACAAAUGUAUAAAGAAAGAUAUGGCGACUACGACGGUUUCUUUGGGGUUUAGGGUUUCGGGUUUAAAGAUUUUCGACCAUCAGGUGUCCGGGUUUUGGAGACCGGACAAGAGGGUUGUUCUUGCGUAUAAAGUCGAUGGUGCUAGAAUGGCUUUAAGGAAGUUUGUUUCGUCGAACUCGCUCGAUGAUGACGCGGUACCUGACUGUGCAUUUGCGUCGGAAGUUUAUGGUGGGUCUAAUGGGAUUUUGAAGCAGUUGUUGGAGCUUAAGGCUUGGUUUGAGACUCAAACGCUUUACCAUUUCAACUCUUGCUCGGUUUUGAUGGUUUAUGAGAAUGAAUCAGGGGGUGAUGAUGAGAGGAGGGCGCAAGUGAAGCUGGUGGAUUUUGCUCAUGUUCUUGAUGGGAAUGGUGUUAUUGAUCAUAACUUCUUUGGUGGUCUCUGCUCUUUCAUUAAGUUUAUUCAAGAUAUACUUGAGAGCUCAGACAAUGGCCAUGAGAAUGGGCACUAGGGACUCUUUGUUUCCUUUAAAAUAAAUUUCCAGUUCUUCCUUCCUUGGGCUAACUGUGUUUGGACAUAUAGUCUUUGUCUCUUUCAAUUGUAUAAUUUGGUUAUGCCCUACCAAACCAAACCUUUGUAAUGUACUUUUCAUAUGAGUUUUAAUAAAAUUU